AUUCCUCUUCCAAUCCCCCAAGAUCCAUUGGCCGACAAAAUGGGUUUCGCCACCGUACCCCAUUAAAGCAGAGAAACCUAAACCAAGAGUUCUAUAACACUCGGAAGGGAGUGCUCAUUCUUGGCCCAGCUGCUCAUAGAGAUGCUCAAAAGGUACAAUUAGGAUUGGAGAAAGCAUUGGAAUUUUUCCAUUGGGUUGAGACCCGCUGUGGGUUUACUCACAAUGAGCUCACUUGCAGAGAAAUGUCUCUUGUUCUUGCCAAAGGGUCUUGUAAUUCGAAGCUUCUUUGGGAAUUUCUCAAAAGAAUGUCGAGAAGAGGGCUUUUGACGACACCGACCGUUACGUGUUUGAUAAAAUGCCUAGGAGAAGAAGGGUUGGUAAAUGAAGCAUUGACUACUUUCUACAGAAUGAAGCAAUUUCACUGUAAGCCUGAUGUUUAUGCUUACAACACACUCAUAUUUGCUCUUUGUAGAGUUGGGAAUUUCAAAAAAGCUAAGUUCUUGAUGGAGCAAAUGGAGUUGCCUGGUUUUAGGUGUCCACCUGAUGUCUUUACUUACACAAUCUUGAUUAGCUCUUAUUGUAGAUAUGGUAUGGAAACUGGCUGUAGAAAAGCUAUUAGACGGAGAAUAUGGGAGGCGAAUCACUUGUUUCGUAUCAUGCUAUUCAAAGGAUUUGUUCCUGAUGUAGUAACUUAUAAUAGUUUGAUCAAUGGAUGCUGCAAAACUAAUAGGAUAGAGAGAGCAUUGGAGUUGUUGGAUGAUAUGGUGAAAAGAGGGGUUGUGCCUAAUCGAAUUACGUAUAAUUCUUUCAUUAGGUAUUAUAGUGUUACAAAUGAGAUUGAUAAGGCUAUUGAAAUGCUGAGAAGAAUGCAAGGAAUGAAUCAUGGAGUAGUACUACCAUGUAACAGUUCGUAUACACCGAUAAUUCAUGCUAUGUGUGAAACUGGUAGGGUGGUGGAGGCAAGAGAUCUUCUUGUCGAAUUGGCUGAACAAGGUUCGAUUCCAAGAGAAUAUACUUUUAAACUAGUUCGUGAUGCUUUAGAAUCUUCUGGGAAGAUUGAUUUGCUUGAUGAAGAAUUGUGUACAAGAUUAGAAGAUGGUAUUAAAGGUAGGAUUAGACAAGUGAUGAAAGUAAAACCUUUGUUGCAGCAUCAAAGUGUUUCAUAGCAUUGAAUUUUAUACUUUUUAUCUAUGUUUGCUCAGACUCUUUGAAAAUGUUGAUGGAUGCGUGUCGAAUUCUCCAAAAAUAGUGUAUUUUUGGAGAAUUUGACACGAAUGCAGCAUCGAAAGUGAAGAGUCUGCACAACUUAGCUUUUUGUGGAUUUUGAUCUUAUAAAAGCACAAGGGAUUUAACUUAUAUACUGUAAUUCUCUAUAUAUAGAAGCGGCUUGGAAGCAGCUGGCCGUUGUCCUGCCAACUUGCUGUCCAAGGGCUUUUUGGUCAUUCCAGGUAUUAGGGUAGUACGUGUUAGGUACUGCUGCUACACGUGUAACGUCAUAACGUAGCUUCAAGAUGAGAAAAGAAAGUCCGCAGUUUCAACUUCUUCUAUCUAAUUGUUCUCUGUUUCUGCCAUAUCUUUAUCACCGCCUUCGUUUCUUCUUCGAUUUGAGCUUCUUUGUUAUCUCAGGUGAGCUUUGAAUUCAUUGUCAGUGUUUUGUACUAAUUUAAUGAUGUUAUUGUGAUGAAGCUUGUAGAAAUUAGGUUUUAAGAUAUACAGUAUAUGUCUGCAGAUAAAAAAUCAAUGGUACCAACUUCUUCUUAAAUUGCUGUGUUAUUUUUUAAUUAUUUAUCUUUUUUCCUCAUAAUGUGGUGCAUGUAUGCAAGAUUUUUUUUUUUUUCUCUGCUGCUGUUAAUUUGAAGAGAGGGGGGGGAGGGGGGCUUAAAUCACGGGUAAAGAGUUAUAUCCCUAUGUGACCUAUAAUUCAUGGGUUCGAGCACUAAAAUUAGUCAUUAGCUUACAUUAUGAUAUAUAUUAGUAUUAGUCAUAGCUUACAUUAAGAUAUAUAUUAGUCAUGAGUUUGAGUAGUAAAAUUAGUCAUAGCUUACAUUAGGAUGACCUAUAAGUCAUGAGUUUGAGUAGUAAAAUUAGUCAUGCUUACAUUAGGAUGACCAGUAAGUCAUUGGUUAGAGCACUAAAUUAGUCAUAACUUGCAUUAAGAUGACCUAUAAAUCAUCGGUUUGAGUAGUAAAAUUAGUCAUAGCUUACGUUAGAAUGGCCUAUAAGUCAUGGGUUCGAGCAGUAAAAUUAGUCAUAUUUUACAUUAGGAUAGGCUACCUACAUCGUCCAAAGGCGGAGCUAGAAUUUAGAGUCUUUUUGAAAAAGAAAAUGAUAUUACUCAACAGAGAGAGCUUUUAAAAUAAGGACCAGGAGGCAUGAUUUACAUACAUAAUUAUCACAUGAUACAAAAAGAGAUGUUUUUAUCACACCAACGAAGAAAAAAACUUCAAUCAGUAACUAAGUCUUACACGUGUUAAAUUCUUAAGUCAGCUGCGUCAUCUGUCUCUGAACAUGGUUGUCGCUUCAUUAUGUAUGUAAUUGUGUGUUUUGGCUUUGGUUUUACCUCCGUUUCGUCUUCAGAUUGAUCGAGGUUUUCAUCUUCAGCUGAUUCUUUAAUUUCUUGCCAUUGUUUCCUUCAAUCUCUUGGACAAAUUAGGUUUUAUGACAACGCUUGCAGUUGUUACUGCCAUGGGCUUACAGAUUACGGAAAUUAGGUCUUAGGAGCUAAUCGUUUUUCAAAUCUUUGUUUGUUGUGUGAAUUCUUUGUGCUGCAAAAUCUUUUCUAAUUUGCCUUUAACUCGAUCUCUUUGAGCUGCAAAAUCUUUUCUCAUUUGCCUUUAACUCGAUCGUGUUGGAGUUGGACAACUUUUUCUCCUCCGAGUUUGCUCCUGUUUGCAAGAGCUUUAAUUUAUUGUGAGACUUCCCUAUGUUAUUUCUGUGCAAUUACUGAAGCAACUAUGAGACCUUGACAGAACAUAGGAGCUGCAAUUUUUGUAUACAUUAUACGGUGACAUAUGCUAACUGACGUGUUCAGUAAUAGUUUAGCAACUUCAUCGAUUGUUCAUUCAUGUGGUAUAUAUUAUUGGUUUAAAGGAUGCUCAAUCUCCUCAUUUCCUGUUGUCUUUGUUUUGGUUUUCCAACUUCGUUAUCAUUGUACGAGAUGUCAUCAGAUAAAAAAAUGAUGGCACCAACUUAUUCCUCCCAAAAAAGAAAGCAUCAUUAGUCAGCAGAAAGAGCUUCUAAAACUAAGCUCAGAAGACUUGAUCUGUAUGCACAGUUGUCAAUUGACAAAAAAGAAAUGCUUUUAUCGCGGUGACGAGUGAAAAAUGUUGAUUCAGCAAGCUGCUGUCUCUUGGUUGAGUGAACGAAAGAAGCAUCAUGUUUUGGAGUUGGUGUUGAUUUACCUAGACAGCAAGCUCUAGCGAUAAGAGAAUCAUCUUCCGCUGCCAAAAAAGAUAAAUUGCAUCUCACAUUGUUGGGUAUCCCUGGACCCAAAGAAAAAGCUGAAAUUUGCUCUCGAGUCUUUCUGGGAUGGAAAGAGCAGUGCUGAGGAUUCAGUCAUCCACCUGAAAACACGUCUGAUGCAGGCAUUAAGUACAUCCCAGCAACACAUUCUCUCGACACAACCGCAAUGCUUGGUGCCAUCCCA